GAAGUUAAUAGUCUGGUCGAUAUUAACAUCCAGCGUAAAGCAGACCAUGUCACGGGCCGCGCCGCCGGCUGCUUCGCGUGUGCGCGCCUUGUACAUACACACACACACACUCUCGCUUCAUUUGGCAAACACACGCUGCGCGCAACAGUGACAGACGCGACUGGAGAUCUCAGAAUAACAGCGGCCAUUUGAGGCGUCACCUGGAUGUAAAGUCAUCACAUAGCACCGUAAAUAGAUACUGUGCUUGUUAAUUUUUCGAGUUUUAAGGUGAGCUUGACCGUUCAGACACCCGGAAUAUAGACGCGUCAGUCGCAGGCACGCGCGGAACGGACAUUGCGCUUGAAGGAAACCGACUUCGGACGGAUGAGAUAAAGUGGUUCUUCAUACCCGUGAAGCAGUUUUGCUUUCCAAUCCGUUUAUGCGUGGAUUUAUCUUACUGUGGUGACGCGCGUAUCUCGUGUGCGCGCGCGUGUGUGUGUUUGUCUGGUGCGCGUGGUGAUGCUGUGCAUACAAACAAACCUUAGUGAACUUAAUAGGUAAACAAUUUCACUACCGAUUUCUUAUUUGGCGUCUGACAGGAUUAUGUAGCCAUGUUAUUCUCACACAUAUAACGUUGUUGGGACGUAAACGUGGUUGAUUUGGACCCACGUAUCUUGAGGAAAAGAGAUGGUGAUGAUGGAGAUACAGUAACAUGUGCUUGAUGCAGGUCAACAUCGACGCGUCAUCUCCACGCCCGGUAAAGUGAGCGCUCACCGGCGGGAAAGCGUUUAAAACAAGGUUUGCCUUGAAGUACAACCGCACAUUGGAGGAUAAAUGAUGUCUAAAACCCUAAAGCGAAAAAAACACUGGUCCACGAAAGUGCAGGAGUGCGCCGUGUCGUGGGGAGGUGUCGGGGAGUUUGGAGAUGUCGUGGAGAUCCUCGGAGGCGCCGAGCACGGGGAGUUCCCGUUUCUCGGUCAGAUGAACCUGGAUGUGCUGGUGUGUCACAUCGGGAGACUGCCGUACUACGGAGAUGUGUUGCUGGAGGUGAACGGGACACCUGUCAGCGGACUGACGAACCGGGAUACGCACGCGGUCAUUCGUCACUUUCGGGAGCCGAUCCGCAUAAAGACGGUCAAACCAGGUAAAGUACUGAACAGUGAUUUGAGGCAUUAUCUUAGCUUGCAGUUCCAAAAAGGAUCAAUCGACCACAAACUGCAGCAAAUCAUCCGAGACAACCUGUACCUGCGAACCAUUCCAUGUACCACCAGGCUGCCCAGAGAUGGAGAAGUUCCUGGAGUGGACUAUAAUUUUAUCAGCCUCGGAGAUUUCCGCAUUCUGGAAGAGAGUGGAUUAUUGCUGGAGAGCGGGACUUAUGAUGGUAACUUCUAUGGGACCCCUAAACCCCCUGCUGAACCCAACUUGGUUCAGCCUGACCUGGUUGACCAGGUUCUGUUUGAAGAGGAUUAUGGCUCUGAGGUCCAACGGAAGCGAACCACUUCUGUCAGCAAGAUGGACCGCAAGGACAGUGUCGUUCCUGAGGAGGAAGAAGAUGAAGAGCGACCACAGCUGCCAAACGGCAUCCCGGAGAGAACAGAGGAGUGGAGGAAGGCUGUACCCAGUUACACUCAGUCCAGCGGGGGUGGCAGCACAGGCGGCGGAGGGACUCUGGAACUUCGCACCUGGAGCUCUUUACCCAGGGACGACAGUUUGGAACCUCUGCCGUACAACUGGGAAAUGGCCUACACGGAGACCGGCAUGGUCUACUUCAUAGACCACAACACAAAGUCAACAACAUGGUUGGACCCUCGUCUGGUAAAAACAGCCAAGCUACCCGAACAGUGCGAGGAUGGAGAACUACCAUACGGCUGGGAGGAGAUUGAUGACCCACAGUAUGGCACAUACUAUGUCGAUCACAUAAACCAGAGAACCCAGUUUGAGAACCCAGUUCUAGAGGCCAAGAGGAAACUGGGUUUGGACACUGCAGUCGCAACUCAGAACCAACAGAGGGCAGCAGCUCCUCCAGGUGGUGCGGCUGGUCGGCCCGGGUUCACGCGGGACCCAACCCAGCUGAAGGGUGAACUGUAUCAUACAGCUCUCAAGAAGAGCCAGCAGGGCUUUGGAUUCACCAUCAUUGGUGGAGAUCGAUCCGAUGAGUUCCUGCAGGUCAAGAACGUUCUUGCAGACGGUCCGGCCGCACAGGACAAGAAGAUGGCAUCUGGUGAUGUUAUCGUGGAGAUCAACGGAACGCUCAUCCUAGGCAAGACCCAUGCCGACGUGGUCCACAUGUUUCAGUGCAUUCCCAUCAACCAAUACGUGGACAUGGUCCUGUGCCGCGGAUACUCCCUUCCUCCAGACGUAGAUGUAGACAGUGAGGACCUCCCACCUCCUCCUCCCCCUCCAACGGGAGAAAUCGUAACCGCCGUACCCCUCAUCAACGGCCAGCCGCUGCUGGUCAAAGGCGACGCCCUUCACGGCUCCUCGCAAGAGCUUCACUACGUAACAACAGACGCCAGCGGGCGGCCGGUGGUCGCCGCACUUCCUGCCGGAGGCAGCGGUGCCAACGACAGACCUGAGGGCGGGAUGCUUCAGCCCGAGCUGGUGAGCGUACCAAUCGUGAAGGGACCAGGGGGGUUUGGCUUCGCCAUCGCGGACUGUCCGCUGGGCCAGAAGGUUAAAAUGAUCCUGGAUGAGCAAUGGUGCCGAGGUUUGCUGAAAGGAGAUGUUAUAAAAGAGAUUAACAGACAGAACGUGCAGACGCUAAGUCACACGCAAGUGGUGGAUAUACUGAAGGACCUGCCAGUCGGGAGCGAAGUCAAUCUGUUGGUGUUAAGAGGAGGUCAGACGUCGCCUGUGAAGAGUUUAAGACCCAGACCGGGAAUAAGUGCCAGCACAGAGACUUUGGAUCGUUGCCAUGAUAUCACGACACCUCCAGCUUUGACUUAUCACUCAAACACACUGCCAUGUAGUUCUCCGAAACAAAACACUUCCUUUCACUACAGCAAACCCAAAGCCUUGACAGAGAGCAUAGUAGUGCCUCACUAUAAAGAGCUGGAGGUUUUUAUUAAAAGAGAUCAGGAGACGGGCUUUGGCUUUCGUGUACUGGGAGGAGAAGGAGCCGAUCAGCCGGUCUACAUUGGUGCCAUCAUACCCCAAGGGGCGGCAGAAAUGGAGGGUCGUCUAAGGGCCGGAGAUGAGCUUAUUGGCAUCGAUGGCAUCACGGUGAAAGGGAAAUCGCACAAACAAGUUCUGGAUCUAAUGACUAACGCCGCUCGAAACGGCCAGGUUCUCCUGGGUGUGCGCAGAAAGGUCCUUUACAGAGAUGUGUCAGAAGAAGCUGGGAGCGGGGCACUGGCCCUCGUGAAUGGCUCGCCGCGGCAUCCUCGCAUCCAGAUGCCAAGUGUCAAGGACCAGGAGUCGUUCGAUAUCACCCUGCACCGUAAAGAGAACGAGGGCUUUGGUUUUGUCAUCCUGACCUCGAAAAGCAAACCGCCACCAGGAGUGUGUGUUUCAGUAAUUCCUCACAAAAUUGGCCGCAUAAUCGACGGCAGCCCGACCGAUCGCUGCGGUUUGUUGAGCGUGGGUGACCGCAUAUCCGCCGUAAACGGUCAGUCCAUCGUGGAGCUCUCGCACAACGACAUCGUUCAGCUUAUCAAAGAUGCCGGAAACACCGUCACACUCACCGUGGUCCCCGAAGACGAGUACAAAGGCCCACCUUCAGGAGCAAGCUCAGCCAAACAGAGUCCGGCACCACAGCACAAGAUGCUGAAAUCCGCCAAUCAGGAUGAGAGAUAUAAUUUGGAUAUGGAUGAACUCAGGGACGGGCUCGCUUGGACCGAGUAUAAAGCUCUUCCUAUGAGUGAACAGGGAACGCUGUGUGUCUCAAACUUCAAACAGGGCUGUAUUGCGGUCGAGUUGGAACGUAGUUCUCGUGGUUUUGGCUUUAGUUUGAGAGGAGGAACGGAGUAUAACAUGGGUCUCUAUAUCCUGCGGUUGGCUGAGGACGGCCCUGCCAUACAGGACGGCCGAAUACACGUGGGAGAUCAAGUUGUGGAGAUCAACGGAGAGCAGACACAAGGCAUCAGCCACACCAGAGCCAUCGAGCUGAUCCAAGCUGGAGGAAAUAAAGUUCAUCUGUUACUGCGACCGCAAGCUCUUUUAUCUGAAAACAGUUCUUCAGAAGUUCCUCCUCCUGACCCGCAGGGAUCCAACACUUCCAAAAUUCCCCUAAGUUCCACUCUCCGUCAUCCAUCAUCGCCCUCAGCAAAGAAGAGAACGUCAGACCUGUCAAACUCCAUGGCCCGUUCCCGUGCCUCCUUAGAUCUCGUUCUCCAGGAUCCUCCCCCUAAAGACAGCAAGAAGGAGAAGCGUGCCAAACCACAAAAGCCCAGCACUUCCAGCUCCUCACGGCAGCAGCGCCUGAAGAGUUGGUCCACAGAGAACCUCAUUGAUCUUGAAGAUACGAAGCAACCCAAACCCCCAUCCAAAGCCAAAGACAAAGCUCACAGCUACAAAGAAAAUGUGCCCGAGCGUCCUCAAGGCAAGCAUAGCCGAGUGAGUCGCUCCGUCAGUCCCCGGAAGUCCAAGCCUGAGGGACCGGAAGUAAACACUGGUUUGGAGCGAGGGAGGGAAAAGGAACGCCGCACGAAGACGACGCCAGGGACGAGCGACACUCGUCGAAAACAGGAAACUCGGGGAAGUAAAGAAAAUUUGAUCCAAGAAGGAAAGGAGAGAGGAAGAACCGAAAGAAGACUAAAGGAUGAACGGGUUUAUGAAAGAGAGGUUGAUUAUGGCGUGCAAAAGAAGAAAAAAAACAUAGAUCGACAGCAGUUAAACGGACACAAAGAGGAAGAGAAGAAGAUUAAACAAGGAAAAGAUAAGAGAUCUAGGGAAUCAAAGGAAGACAGCGAGAAGGAUAAGAAGAUAAGAGACAACAAAGAAAUCAAAACAAGCGUAAUUGAAAAUAAAAACAGGAAAGAUACUGUCACCACUGACGCCACCACAGUACCCAACAGGGCAAACCUGGUCUUAGACGGUCCACCGAACAACGUCAUGUGGAAAAUCCCGAACUAUGCUCGCAUUCUCACCCGGGAGGAAGUCAUGCGGGAUGUUUUUGAGUAGCCUGAAAUAUAGGACCUCUAUUUAAACUAGAGACUAUGGAGUUACCCAAACUCGAUUGCAUCUCCGAAGGCACACGUUCAAAUAAUAACACUUGAGGGUAGUUACCGACACACUUAUUGGGAAUGCAUGCUUGCACAGGACAUUUCUUGGCCUUCCAGCCAGCAGCUUUUCCUCCCAUCCAGGUUUUAGAAAGUCUCACACCUGCUAGGCAUCAACAGCGAGUCCUUUAAUGUGUUAGGUUGCUGCUAAUUGAACAUUCACGCUUAUUAAAUACUGCAAUCGGCAGAUUCAUCCGACACAGAGAUUUGAUUCAAACUGCCUAUAUGCAGUUCUUGGGAUCAUUGCUGAUAAACAAAAUCGACGUCGACAGGCAAUUUCUGUGGCUUCGUGGCCAAACGCAUGAAGCUUCACUUUGUCUGGACUUUUCAUUUCCUCCGUGCCAACCGGACCCUACACGCAUCACAAUGCAAUCCUUUCUUAUGCAACUUAACGGACAUCCCAAAUCAAUCGCCACAGCAUCAAUGCAAGUUUUUUGGUCACAAACCGCACUCCCCGAAUCUCCAAAGAUCCGCUUUGUGCAUGCAAAAUAGGACAUAACGGUUCCUUGUUUUGUUGCAUGACUGUACAACCCAUGCAGUUCGUUACCAGACUUUGUAAAUAUAUAUAUGAACUGUCAUCAGGACUGGCGGGACUUUUUAGACUGUUCUCUCUCUUCCAUAUCUUUGGCUCCCUGAUUUCCAAAUAUUAUCAUAUUGCAAAUGACCAGAAACUUGUGCUUUUAAUAUACCAAGAUAAAGAAAUGUUUAUUUAUUGAAAUGUGUAUAUGAACAUAGAUACAUGUAGCUAUAUGAAAUCUUAAAAACGAUUUCGGUGUAGAGAGUCCAAGCACCGUGGUAGUUUUACCUUGUAGCAACGAUGUUUUGACUUAAAUGGUACAUGCAGAUGUAUUUUUAAAUAUUGAAUAUGAAAUCAGAUUUAAUAUGGUUAUAUAAAUAUAUAUAUUUAUUUUAUUCCUUUUCUUGGACACGCAUGUCCGUUUCAUUAAAGGCAAGCAAUUCAACCCCUCAUUUAUAAGAAAGUGCUCAAUUCACGUUUCACUAUAUGAUGUGCUACAUAAAAUUAAAAUACCUUAUUAAUGAAAAUUAUGUGGAAUAAUAAAAAUUCGUAAAACAUUGAAAUGCAUUGAGAAUUUGGGAGUGGAAAAUUGAUUGUAUUUAUUUAAAUAAUGUCACAGUUUUCAAAAUCUUAAUGGCCCAAUAAAUAAACUUUAUUUCAUUU